UUCUUCUCAGCUCUCAUCGAAGCUUUCUUCCUCCCUCACUCUGUGUCGUCCAGUGCCGCCCCCAGUUUCAAACAGACCCAAACGCGCGCGCAGAGUCGAUUGACCGAGCGAGUGGCAAGAUGGUGAGCCGGGUCGCCGAAGAGAAGCCGCCGCAGCAGCUGCUGUCCAAGAAGGCAACCUGCAACAGCCACGGCCAGGACUCGUCCUACUUCCUAGGGUGGCAGGAGUACGAGAAGGACCCCUACGACGCCGUCUCCAACCCCACCGGCAUAAUCCAGAUGGGCCUCGCCGAGAAUCAGCUGUCGUUCGACCUGCUGGAGUCGUGGCUGGAGGCCAACCCGGACGCGCUCGGGCUCCGGCGGGAAGGUGCCUCCAUCUUCCGCGAGCUCGCGCUGUUCCAGGACUACCACGGCAUGCCGGCCUUCAAGAAUGCAUUGGCGAGGUUCAUGUCAGAGCAGAGGGGGUACAGGGUGGUGUUCGACCCCAGCAACAUCGUGCUCACCGCCGGUGCCACCUCGGCCAACGAGGCGCUCGUGUUCUGCCUCGCCGACCACGGAGAUGCCUUUCUCAUCCCCACUCCAUACUACCCAGGAUUCGACCGCGAUCUCAAGUGGCGCACCGGCGUCGAGAUCGUCCCCGUGCACUGCACGAGCGCGGACGGCUUCCGGGUGACGCGCGCCGCGCUGGACUACGCGUACCGCUGCGCCCAGAAGCGGCGGCUGCGCGUCAAGGGCGUGCUUAUCACCAACCCCUCCAACCCGCUCGGCACCACGUCGCCGCGCGCCGACCUCGAGGCGCUCGUGGACUUCGUUUCCGCCAAGGGCAUCCACCUCGUCAGCGACGAGAUCUACUCCGGCACGGCCUUCACCGAACCGGGCUUCGUCAGCGUCCUCGAGGUCCUGGCCGCGCGCGGCGGCGGCGCCGACGUGUCGGACCGCGUGCACGUCGUGUACAGCCUAUCCAAGGACCUCGGCCUCCCUGGCUUCCGCGUGGGCGCCAUCUACUCCUCCAACGCCGCCGUCGUCUCCGCGGCGACCAAGAUGUCCAGCUUCGGUCUCGUUUCCUCCCAGACGCAGCACCUCCUCGCCACGCUCCUCGGCGACAAGGACUUCACCCGCCGGUACAUCGCUGAGAACAAACGGCGGAUCAAGGAGCGGCGCGACCAGCUCGUGGAGGGCCUCAGGGGGCUCGGCAUUGGGUGCCUGGAGAACAACGCGGGGCUGUUCUGCUGGGUGGACAUGGGCCAUCUGAUGCGGAGCCGGUCGUUCGAGGGCGAAAUGGAGCUGUGGAAGAAGGUGGUGUUCGAGGUGAGGCUCAACAUCUCCCCGGGCUCCUCGUGUCACUGCCGCGAGCCCGGUUGGUUCCGCGUCUGCUUCGCCAACAUGUCUGCCAAGACCCUCGACGUAGCCUUGCAGCGCCUGGGCGCCUUCGUUGACGCCUGCAAGGGUCCGCGCCGCGCCGCCGCGCCCGCCAGGAGCAUGAGCUGCCCGCUCGCCAUCAAGUGGGCGCUCCGCCUCACCCCGGCCUCCGCCGACCGGAAGGCCGAGCGGUAGCCGGCCGGGCAAUGCUCAGCUACUGGAGUACUGUUCAUAAGUUACUGCCACGUUAGAAUCGAUUAGUAGUAAUUCCUUAUUGGCUUCCUCUAAUCUUGUAGUAUAUACUGCAAUUUUUCCUCGGAGCACCGGCGCCGAGCUGCACGAGGGCCACCGUUGUAUUCGGUAGGAGCAGUUGGGAUCGAUCAUGCAGGGCAUUGUGUACUCGAUCAUGCGUGGCAUUGUGUAUUUUCUCUGUUUAAAAAUAAUAGGUAUAUUUUUAGUUUUAUCUUC